AUGGACGUACAAGAGAUAGCACGUAUUAACCGCGUAUUGAAAAGAGCGACUAUGAGACGCGAUGAAUGUAUUAGGCGUAUUAACGCAAUGCACGAGCUCGCGGUGCAAUGUGAAACUGAGUUAAGUUUGAUCACUCAGCUAUCAUUUCUUGUCGACGAAGUCGACGUUAUAUGGUCAGAAUUUACGGCUGAGAGUAAUACAGUGAUUGAUUGCUUAAUAGAUUUAGGUAGAGAAUCAGAGUAUUCCAUUGGUCAGGUCGCGGAUCUUCGUAACUUGAUUUCUAUUUCCCGUGCAACAGUCAAUCGUCACACUCAAAGUGACCAAAUUAACGUGUCUGUCCGUAGAGAAUCCCUAAUAUCUGUUCCGGAGCCGGUAUCGGUGCAUAAUUUAAAUAUAAACGACGACAGGGAAAGUCAGGUAGGUUCGGUUAAGAGCGGGGCGGCGCGUAGCUCUACAGCAUUUGGUGUAAAUGUCCCGGGAGGUAGCGUCCGCAGCGGACAUACAAUUACGCGUACUACAUCUCACGUAAAACCGGCCCGGUUGCCGGAGAUACCACUACCCACAUUUAAUGGUGAUAUUUUUAAGUGGCUUAUGUUCCGAGAUCGUUUCAUGUCCAUGGUUGAUCAACAUUCUACCAUCGCGGACAUCGACAAAUUUUAUUAUUUAACGGGUUGCUUGCGAGAUAGGGCGUUAGAGGCAAUCGCUGGCAUACCGGUAAGUGGCGACAAUUAUUCACUCGCUUGGGCCACGUUAACAGCGCGCUUUGACAAGCCGCGCUUAGUUGCGUCUUCAUUGUUAGACAAAUUAUUAACAGCACCGAAAUCGUCGAACGAAAAUCUAACAGAACUGAAUAAAUUUUUAUUGGUUUUUGAUGAGGGGGUCUCCGUACUAGAUUCAAUGAACCUCCCGAAUCUUGGUGAUUUUAUUUUAUUUUCGGUCGCGUCGCGUUGCUUGCCGUCGUAUACGGUUAAGCUUUUUGAAGCGCAAUUGUCAAAUAGCUUUCCAACGGUUAGGGAACUUUUGACGUUCGUAAAAUCACGUGUUAACGUUCUAGAAUGCAUACCGAAUGAUGCGGUCCAUAAAAUAGUAAAGCAGCCAUUGCAAAAGUCAUCUCACACUUCGAAAGGUUAUACAUCUGCCCCUAGUAACUAUAAACGGCAACAACCAACUUCGUUAGUGUCUAGUACCGUAUCGUCGAAAUCAAAAGGGCCGUGCCCUAUUUGUAAAGGGUCUCAUGCAAUUUCGUCAUGCCAAAAAUUUACCGGGUGGUCCGCCGGCACUCGCGAAACGUGGGUCCGUGAAAACAGGCGAUGUUUUCGUUGCUUGCGCGCUGGUCAUUGGGCCCCAGAGUGCAAGUCACCGGUACAAUGUGAUAAGUGCUCGUACAAACAUCAUCCGUUAUUACACUCGCGCGAUAGAAAUAACGGUUCAACAUCUGACAAUCAGGUACCGUGCGAUGAACCGCCGUCUCAAUCGUCCCUUCUUGGUAGUGACUGUCAGCAAUCGUCAUCGGUUAUUUUAGGGACCGUUUUAGUCCACAUUCGUGACUGUGGUGGUGUGUUGCACACUGUACGCGCUCUAGUCGACUCCGCUUCGCAAAUAAGCGCGAUCACCGCAGAUUGCUCCGCUCAAUUGGGCUUGAAAGUUACCCGUUGGACCGCCCCUGUAUCUGGGUUAUCAGGUGCGUCGGUACCCAACGUUAAGGGAUUGGUAACUUGUGAUAUUCAACCUCGAUUUUCGAACGAACCAUUUAUAAAUUUUACCGCAUGGGUGUUCCCCACAAUUACCGUUAAUAUGCCUAGCCAGUCAAUAUCCAAUCAGGUAGCAGAUAAGUAUAAAAAUUUAGCCCUAGCAGAUCCCUCGUUCACAAUACCAAGUAAGGUUGAUUUACUACUCGGCGCAGACAUAUUUGCGCGUAUUCUGAACGGUAAACGUGUGUCAGUGGGUGACUCAUAUCCUGUAGCAUUCGGUUCAAUAUUUGGUUGGAUAAUAAUCGGGCCUGUCCCCUCUUCAAAUAGUUAUGUUUCCACUUCACAUCACAUCUCUUUGGUUUCUUCAAUCGAAUCUUUAAUGGAUAAGUUCUGGCAGGUUGAGGAACCAGAAACAGCUCCAGAGACCUUUACUUGUGACGGAAAAUGUGAAGAGAUGUUCCGUGAUAAAUGUUCACGUGACGAAUCCGGGCGUUUUGUCGUACCCUUAUUGUUCCGCCAAACGGUCGCGGACAAUACCUUUUCUGGCUCGCGCGCUGUCGCGGUCAAACGUUUCGAGUCCCUUGAGCGAAAGCUCACAUCAGACAGCCGACUUCGCGAGGCGUAUUGUAAAUUUAUGGCUGAAUACUUGUCUUUAGGACACAUGUCCCCAGCUUCGUCUACAGGUUCAUAUUUUAUCCCUCACCAUGCUGUGUUCAAGUCUUCCGACCCACAAGAUAAAAUCCGUGUCGUAUUUGACGCGUCCGCCCAAUCGUUUUCUAGUACAUCAUUAAACCAAUGUUUAUUCGCGGGUCCAAAAUUACAACAGGACGUUAUUGAUGUACUAAUGCGGUUUCGUCUACCGCGUUACGCAUUCACCGCGGACAUUAAUAAAAUGUACCGACAGAUUUUAUUAGUUCCCGAACAUCGUUGUUAUCAACACAUCCUAUGGCGUGCGUCCCCGCAAGAUGAACUUAAAGCAUACGAACUAAAUACUGUAACGUAUGGGGUAAAUUGUGCCCCGUUUUUAGCUAUACGGGUGCUUCGAAAAAUUGCCGAGUCCGAUUGUGCGGACGUUCCCGCUGUCCGUGACGCUUUAAUGUUCAACACUUAUGUAGAUGAUAUCUGCGUUGGGGGAGACACAAUAGACGAAGUAAUCGCACUCCAAACCGAUUUAAUUAACGUACUACAAAGGGCAGGAAUGAGCUUGAAAAAGUGGUCAAGCAAUACCGCCGCGGUGUUAGAUAGGGUACUCCCUGAAGAUAGGGCCGGCGGGAUGUUGUCUUUUGACGAUGACACUCGGAGCGGUUCUAAGGUACUAGGGCUUCAGUGGUCACAACGCGAUGACACAUUUUUAUAUAUUGUUCAACCUGAACGUUUAGUUUCAACUAAGCGGGGUAUGCUGUCGCUAAUUGCCCGCAUAUUCGACCCGCUUGGUCUAUUAGCGCCCGUGAUAUUUUUUGCAAAACAAUUAAUGCAACGAGUAUGGCAACUUGGUAUUUCAUGGGAUGACCCGUUGCCCCCUGAAAUAGUCGACGUGUGGAAUAGGUUCGUUACAGAUCUCCCCGUGUUACAACAAGUAACUAUUCCCCGUUUCAUUGGUACUCAGCUUGGCGUACAAGGUGUUCUAUGUGGUUUCUGUGACGCGUCCGAGAAGGGCUAUUCUGCGGUCGUUUAUUUAAGGUUAUCUAACCAAUCCGGACCACCAUUAGUGUCAUUGUUAGGUGCUAAAACCAAAACAGCUCCCCUCAAGGCGUCGACAAUUCCACGGUUGGAACUAUGUGCGGCGGUCUUACUCGCUCGGUGGAUGGUUCGAAUUAAGACCGCGUUAAACAACAAAGUUAAAAUAGUUAACUUAUAUGCAUGGUCAGACUCGACUACUGUACUUAGUUGGCUGAAGGUACCACAUGAAAAAUUUAAGGUUUUUGUUUCAAACCGUAUACACAAAGUGACAACGUUACUACCCGACUGUCACUGGGAUUAUAUAUCGUCGAUUAAUGACCCGACGGAAUACGAUUGUCUUACCCCAGGGCAUUUUUUAAUAGGCCACCCGCUACUCUCGAUCCCUGAAGUGAAUAUAGUUGAUAUGGCGCUCCCUUUAGCUCAACGCUGGAAAUUGAUAAAUCAAUGCGCACAGUCUUUCUGGCACCGCUGGCGCAAUGAAUAUUUAAAUACUCUCCAAAUACGGAAUCGUUGGACGACCGAUGUGCCCAACAUUUCUAUCAACGAUAUGGUUAUUGUUAAAGAACCUAACGUUCCCCCGUUACGAUGGCGUAUGGCGCGAGUCCAAGAGGUGUUUCCCGGGGCGGACGGAGUAGUGCGUGUAGUUCACUGCAAUACAUCAUGUCUUAUUUACUACCUAGCUGUCUAUUACUAUCGUAUCACCACGUGUAAAUUUGCUCGAACCAUGAAAUUACUGCGGGCUCCACUGGGAUGGCAACUUGUGUAA